GUGGUGUCAGAUAAUGCAGUUAGAAUAUGUGAUAAAAUACAGGUUGUUUACAAGGAAAUGGCACAUGAUGGAGCAAAGUGUAAUGUGGCAAAAUGGAAUUUGAUUAGUAGAAUACAAUUCAAGCACACUUUCCUGGAUGCAUCCAUGAUGAUUGUUAAGGGUCCAGGUACAAAUUUUACCUUCAGAAGUUGAAAAUCUCAGGUAGAUGAAAAGUGACGAGAGAACUGUAGUACUCAGUAGAAGAAAUACACAAAGUCUGGCUUUUCCAUGUGACCAUGAUCUGCACUGAAUUUAAAGUAAUAAAAGUGGUUAAAUUAUGCUGAAGCCCAUGUAUAAAAACCAAAACCAAACCAAUCAAAACAAUUAUAUCAGAACAAAGUUAAAUAAUACAAGGUAUAGAAAUCAAAAAUGAAAAGAAGCUGACUGCCAAAAGCACAGGAAAUUAUGAGAAGCCAAGUUGUGAUUGCACUAGCUUUGUAACUGAUUGGUUGAGGGGGAGCACUGGUAUAAUCCUAACCAAACAUAAUCUACAUUCUACAUCUACAUGUGAAUUCAAUUAACAAUUGGUUCAUACGUCAGCAUGUGUUCAUCGAGAUAUGAAGCAUGCGGGAAGUUUGGAGAGCAUGAAAGAUGCAUAA